GGUGAAAAAGGCUUUCCUGGUGUUCCAGGUCCACCUGGUCAUAGAGGCUUUCCUGGUCCAGAAGGGCCUCCAGGGCCACAGGGACCAAAGGGUUCUCCAGGGCUUACAGGCUUAGUUGGACCUAAAGGUAUACGAGGAGUCCCAGGAAUACCUGGAUUUUCAGGUCCCCCAGGCCUUCCAGGUGAACCGGGAACUGUUGGUCCUCCUGGGCGCUCGGGUGUUCCAGGAUGCAAUGGCACAAAGGGCGAUCAAGGUUUUCCAGGUCCUCCAGGUAGAAGAGGUGCUCCAGGCAUUCCAGGUGUUGCUGGCAUCAAAGGAGAGAAGGGUGCCCAGGGUGCUCCAGGAUAUCCUGGGGAACUUGGACCACAGGGUCCUCCAGGAGCUUCAGGCAUGCCAGGGAAAGCAGGACCUCCUGGACCUAAGGGACUUAUGGGACUAAAAGUAAUAGGAACCAAAGGAAGAAAGGGUGACACUGGAUUAACUGGGCCCCCUGGACCACCGGGAACUGUUAUUGUGACAUUAAGUGGACCAGACAACAUCACGGACUUGAAAGGAGAGAAAGGAGAAAAAGGAUCAAGAGGACUUCCAGGGCCAAUGGGGUUUACAGGGCCAGCUGGUGAUUCUCAAAGUGAAAAGGGUGACCGUGGAGAACCUGGAGCACAGGGUAAACCUGGAAAAGAAGGUGUCCCAGGUCCACCUGGCUUACAGGGACAAAAGGGUGAACAGGGCCAACCAGGACUGGCUGGCAGGCAAGGAGCUAAGACGGAGUAUUAUGAUGUUGUCAUUGGUGAAAAAGGAGAUGAAGGACCCCCCGGACCUCCAGGACCAAAAGGUCAACGUGGCAUGCCUGGGCCACAGGGGGCUCCCGGUGAUGCUGGUAGACCAGGUGUGUCAAGACCUGGUCUGAGAGGUCCCCGAGGAUUUCCUGGGCCAAAAGGAACAAAAGGAGAGAAAGGACAACCUGGCUUGUGUAUUGUAGGCCCUCCAGGACUGCCUGGUAUUACUGGGAGACCUGGUUCUAUGGGAUUACCAGGUCCUCCAGGAGAACCAGGUAGAGUAACGUUUAGAACCGGCCUGCCAGGACUUCCUGGAGAGCCAGGGUGUGCAGGACCUCCCGGACCUCCAGGAGAUACGGGCAUGAAAGGUGAUGAAGCCUAUGUGUGUACUGAUUGCAGCUAUAUUCCGGGAAUACCUGGUCUUCCUGGUUCUGCUGGGCCACAUGGCCAGGAUGGCAUACCUGGUAGAGAAGGACCAACAGGUCCAAAAGGUUCUCCAGGUUCUCCAGGAGCACCGGGCUUUCCAGGAGCUCAAGGACCUCCAGGUUUUAGAGGCGAUCAAGGACAUAAAGGAUCAAAAGGUGAGCCAGGAUAUGUGUAUCCAGAAGGGCCAAAAGGUGAGCGAGGAGAUCCAGGGGCCAGGGGAGACAAAGGAAGAAAAGGUUCAAGUGGAUUUCUGGGAAGACCUGGCUCUAAAGGAUCCAAGGGUUCUAAAGGUGAAGAG